AUGCCCGUCAUCUCCAGGAUUGUGUCGAUGGGCCUGCGUGUCUGCGAGCUCGCUUUCGCGGGGGUCGUUGCGGGCAUCGUCGGCUCCUACCUCCAGGACUACCGCCACGGCAACGGUUGGCCUCUUGCGCGCUUCAUCUAUAUCGAGAUCGUUGCUGGAAUCUCUCUUCUUCUCGGUCUUCUCUGGUUGCUUCCGUUUGCAGGUGGCUUCUUUCACUGGCCGAUGGAUAUCAUCCUCUCGUUUGCCUGGUUCGCCGCCUUUGGGCUCCUCGUCGAAUGGGCAAACGGCACCAGCUGUGAUGGAGACACCUUCGACUGGAACCAGAUCAGCUUUCAUGGGUUCUGCGGUCGCUACAGGUCCGCCGAGGCGUUCUCUUUCUUAUCUGCGAUCCUGUGGAUCCUGAGCGCUCUGGUGGGCAUCUGGUUCGUUCAUCGUGAGAGGCGCAAGACUGUUGCGGCGGCUCCUGCCGCCAACGGAGCGUAA